GCCUGGCGCCCCGUCUCCUGGGGUGGGCGUGGCCGGCUCGCCGGCCAUGCUGAGGACGCGCCGGGCCCGCGUGGGCGCUUGGCUGCUCCGGGCCGCUCGGGGCCCGGAGCCGGGCCGCUCGGCUUCGGGGGCGCGCGGGCAGGGCUGGCUGCAGCCCGCGGGAUACGACACGGGCGUCAAGGUGUACAACAGCCUCACCCGGAGGAAGGACCCGUUGAUUGUGAGCCGCGCGGACGCCGCCUCCUGGUAUAGCUGUGGACCAACUGUCUACGAUCACGCACACCUGGGUCAUGCUUGCUCCUAUGUCAGAUUUGAUAUAAUUCGGAGGAUCCUCACCAGGGUGUUUGGGUGCAACGUCAUCAUGGUGAUGGGAAUCACGGAUGUGGAUGAUAAGAUAAUCAGACGUGCCAACGAGAUGCCUGACCUGUGCCUCUCUCCCUUUGGGUCCGGUGUCCGCCCUGGCCACCACAUGAGCGUGUCGCCCGCAUCCCUGGCCCGUCUUUACGAAGAAGACUUCAAACAGGACAUGGCGGCCCUGAAGGUUCUCCCGCCCACCGCCUACCUGCGGGUGACUGAGCACGUGCCUCAGAUCGUCGCCUUCAUCGAGAGGAUCAUCGCUAACGGGCAUGCUUACUGCACAGCGAACGGCAACGUCUACUUCGACCUGCAGUCGAGAGGCGACAGGUACGGCAAGCUGGUCGGCGUGGCGCCCGGGCCGGAGGGAGAGCCAGUGGACUCCGACAAGCGGCACGCCAGCGACUUCGCGCUGUGGAAGGCGGCGAAGCCCCAGGAGCCAUUCUGGGGCUCCCCAUGGGGCGACGGGCGGCCCGGCUGGCACAUCGAGUGCUCCACCAUCGCCAGUCUGGUGUUCGGAAGUCGGCUGGACAUCCACUCGGGCGGCGUGGACCUGGCGUUCCCGCACCACGAGAACGAGAUCGCCCAGUGCGAGGCCUUCCACCAGUGCCCGCAGUGGGGGAACUACUUCCUGCAUUCCGGGCACCUGCACGUGAAGGGCGGAGGAGAGAAGAUGUCCAAGUCGCUGAAGAACUACAUCACCAUUAAGGACUUCCUCCGCUCCGCCUCUCCGGACGUCUUCCGGCUCUUCUGCCUGCGGAGCAGCUACAGGUCAGCCGUCGACUACAGUGAGGGUGCCCUGCUUGAGGCCAGGCGCCUGCUGCGGGCCGCGGCCGCCUUCGCGGAGGACGCGCGGGCCUAUGUGAGGGGGCAGCUGGCCGGCGGCUCCGUCCAGGAGGACGUGCUGUGGGAGAGGCUGGGCCGCACCAAGGGGGCCGUGCGGGCGGCCUUGGCAGACGACUUCGACACGGUGCGGGCGGUGGACGCCGUCAUGGACCUCGUCCACCACGGGAACAAGCAGCUGAAGGCGGCCGCCGAGGAGCCCCGCGGUCCCCGGAGCCCCGCAGUGCUGGGGGCCAUCGUGGCCUCCGUGGAGCAGUUCUUUGAGACGGUGGGCAUUUCUCUGGCCGAGCGACAGGGUGUUCCAGGGGCGGGCAGCCCGGCCGCCCUGCACAGUCUGGUGGAGGAGCUGGUUCGCUUCCGGCUGAAGGUCCGGCAGUUCGCUCUGGCCUCUGGGGAGGCUCCUGGGGAGGCGCGGCGGCAGCUGCUCCUGGAGCGGCGGCCCCUGCUGGAGGCGUGCGACGAGCUGCGCAGGGACCUGGCGGUCCACGGCAUUAGCAUCAAGGACAGGAGCGGCUCGUCCACGUGGGAGCUGCUGGAUUCGAGGACAGAAGACCCCACACCCAGGAGCUGAGGACGGGGGAAGGGAGGCUGUGGUCUCCUGACAGGGUUCUGUACCCUUUAAGUCACAGUAAAGCUUCAUGUGAAAGUU